AUGACGGUAACGGUUACGGUGAUGGUAAUGGUAAUGGUUAUAGUAACGAUCAAGACAAUGGUAACUGCACGUGAUAGUAACGAUUAUGGUAACAAUUACGGUGACGAUGAUCGUAUUGGUUACGGUGACAGUAACGGUAACGAUAAUGGUGACAGUGACGGUGAUGAUAACGGUGACGGUAUUGGUUACGGUGACAAUAAUGGUAACGAUGACGGUAAUAGUAAUGAUUGCGGUAACGGUGAUGGUCAUGACGAUAAUGGUAACGGUUAUGGUAACUAUCACGAUAAUGGUAACGGUAAUUGUGACUGUGAUGGUAACGGUAACGGUGAUGGUCAUAGUAAUGGUGAUGGUAAUGGUCACUGUAUCGGUAACAGUGAUAGUAAUGAUGAGAGUAAUGGUAUCGAUCAUGGUAACGGUGACGGUAACAUUAACAGUAAUGGUAAGAGUAAUGGUAACGAUAACGAUGACGAAAAUGGUCACGAUCAUAGUAACAAUAACGGUGACGAAAAUGGUCACGAUAACGGUCACGAUCACGGCAACGAUGACAGUAAUGGUAAUAGUGACGGUUACAAUAAUAGUGAUGGUAACGGUCACAAUCAAGAUAACGGUCACAGUAAAGAUGACGGUAAUGGUGACGGUAAUGGUUAUGAUAAUGGUAACUAUAACGGUGACGGUAAAAAUAAUGGUAAUGAUAAAAGUGACGAUAACGGUAACGGUGACGGUAACGAUGACGGUAAUAAUAACUAUAAUGGAAGCGGUAACGGUUAUGGUUGCGGUUACGGUAAUGGUUACAGUUGCGGUUACGGUAAUGGUUAUGGUUGCAGUUGCGGUUACGGUAACGGUUGCGGUUGCGGUUACGGUAAUGGUUACUGUGACGAUAAUGGUUACUUUGACAGUAAUUGUACCGGUAACGAUGACAGUCAGGUGACGGUGACUGUAACAGUUACGGUGAUGAUAACAGUAACGGUUACAGUAACAGUGACGAUAAUGGUAACUGUCAUGGUAAUGGUCACUUUAACUAUUAUGAAUACGGUAACUAUGACGGUGACAAUAAUAGUAAUUGUAACGAUGACGGUGAUAGUAAUAAUUAUGGUACUACAACUCAGGAUUAUGGUUGACGUGAAUGAUUCUAAGUCAGACGGUAACAAUAACAGAAACAGUAACAGUAACGAUGACAAUAAUAGUGACGGUAACAGUAACGAUGACGGUAAAGGUAACAAUGACGGUAUGGGUGACAUAAUCGGUAACGGUGACGAUAAUGGUAAAAGUGAUGGUAACGGUGACGAUAACGAUAAUAGUGACGAUAACAAUAACGGUGAUGAUAAUGAUAGCGGUAACGGUAAUGGCAAUGGUAAUAGUGACGGUAUCGAUAACGGUAACAAUGACGGUCACGAUGAUAGUAACAGUGACGAUAACGGUAACAGUGUCGAUAACAGUGAUGAUGAUGAUGACGGUAACGGUGAAAGUAAUAGUGAUGAUAACGAUCAAGAUGAUAGUAACGGUAACAGUAAAAAUAACAGUGAUAAUGACUGUAAUGGUAACGGUGACAGUGACGGUAAUGAUACCGAUGACGGUGAUGGUUGCAGUAUUGUGAAUGGUAACGGUAAUGAUAACGGUAACAAUGACAGUAAUAGUGAUGAUAACGGUAACAGUAAUGGUAGCGGUGGAGAUAACAGUGACAAUAAUGAUGACGGUAACGGUAACAGUAACGAUGAUAGUAACCGUAACAAUAACGAUAAUGCUAACGAUAACGAUGACGGUAAUGGUGAUGAUAACAGUAAAAAUGAUGGUAACGGUAACGGUAACAGUGACUGUAACGGUGAGGGUAACGGUAACGGUAACAGUGAUGGUAACAAUGAUGGUAACGGUGACGGUGACAGUAACAGUGAGAGUAACGGUAACAAUAACGGUAAUGGUAACAAUAAUGGUAACAUUGACGGUAAUGGUAAUGAUGACGGUAACGGUGAAAGUGAUGGUAACGAUGACGAUAACGAUAAUGAUGACAGUCACGGUAAUAGUAAAAAUAGCAGUGACAGUGACUGUAAUGGUAACGGUACAAAUGACAGUAAUGGUGACGGUAAAGAUAACGAUAACGAUAACGGUAAUAGUAGCAAUAUUGCGGACUGUAAUGGUAAUGGUAAUGGUGACGAUGAUGGUAACGUUAAUGAUGACGAUAAAGGUAACAGUAAUAGUAACGGGGACGGUAACCGUAACUGUAAUGGUAAUGGUAACAGUGAUGGUAAUGGUGAUGGUGACGGUAACACUAACGAUAACGGUAACGAUAAUAGUAACGAUGACGGUAACCGUAACGAUAAAGGUGACGAUAACGAUGAUGGUAAUGAUGAUGGUAAAGGUGACAAUAACAGUAACGAGGAAGGUAAUGGUAACGGUGACGAUGACGGUAACGGUAAUGCUAAUGGUAAUGGUAACGGUGACAGUAACAAUAUCGGAAACAGUAAUGGUAAUGGUAACAAUGACAGUAAUAGUGACGGUAACGGUAACAAUAACAAUAACGAUGAUGGUAACGAUGACAGUAAUAGUGAUGGUAAAGGUGAUGGUAUCGGUAACGGUGGAAGUGAUGGUAAUGGUGAUGGUGACGUUGACGGUGAUGGUUACGAUAACAAUAACGGUAAAAGUAAUGGUAACAAUGAUGAUGACGAUAACGGUGAUGAUAAUAGUAUCGAUAAUGGUAAUGGAAACGGUAACGGUAAUGAUAAUGAUAACGAUGAUAGUAGUAGUGACGAUAAUGGUAAUGGUAAGGGUAACGGUAACAGUAAUGGUAACAGUGAUAGUAACGAUGACGGUAAUAAUGACGGUAACGGUAUAACAGAUGGUAACGGUAACAUUGACGAUAACGGUAACAGUAACGAUGACGGUAACCGUAACGAAAACAAUAACGAUGAUGAUAACGAUGACGGUAACAGUAAAGGUAAUGGUGACGGUAACAGUAACGGUGACGUAACAGUAACGGUGACGGUAACUGUAACAGUGAUGAUGACAGUAACGGUAACGGUGAUGGUGACAUUGACGAAACAGUGA